AUGUCAGAGCUCACCUUCUGCAAAACAUUCCUCACCGCGCUCGACGCGCGCCCCGUCAAGCUCUCCUCCGACCACAUCGCCGACGCGCGACAAUACCCCGAUGGCGCCGUCUUCGUCCUCCCCAAGCUCCCCCCCCCGCCGCACCCCGCGCGCCCCAGCCCCAAGACCCUCCCCCCACAAGAUGCCUCGUCUUCCACCCUCACCGUCUCCCUCAAACCCAUGAAGCCCUCCCACCCUACCGUCACGAAAGAUGCCGUCGCCCCCGCCGCAACAUCCAUCUACGACCUCAAGUCGGCGUACGCGGCGCAGACCUCCAUCCCCCCGGCCAAGAUAAAGAUCCUGUACAAAAAGAAGCCCGUGACGGACAGCAAGACGGUGGCCGAGGUGGUAGGCGUGGAUGCUGGCGCGGAGGUCGAGUUUGGGGUUAUGGUGCUGGGCGGGGCGGUGGCGGGAGGUACGCCCGUGCAGAGUCCGCCGGCGGUGGCGCCGGGAGAGGAGGAGAAGGGGCUUGCAGGAGCUGUUAACCAGGGCACGAGUAAAACGGAGACGCCGGGGGCGCAAGGACCGAGUGGGCAGGCUGUGGUGAAUGCCGAAUUCUGGGACGACUUGAAGGGAUUCGUGGUGCAGAGGAUACGGGAUGAGAAGGAGGGGGAUAGGAUGGUAGGUGUGUUUAAGAGCGCGUGGGAGAAGGCGUAG